AUGGGCAGCAAGAUGGCGGCCGCCACAAGGGUCGUUCAGGUAGUCAAGCCACAUACUCCCUUAAUUAAGUUCCCUGACAGAAAAAGCAUCCCUAAACCUAAAAUGCAGGAGUCGCUACAAGCAAGUGUGCCGUCACACCACGCUGCCAAAGCGCAGGAGCCCCCGGGAGGCCGAUCGCCCCCCUUCCAGAGUACGUCCCCGGUCAGCAGGGUACAAGGGGCGCCGGACACUUCCGAAUUAGCAAGAACCUUGCCCCAGAAAUACAGAAGGAAACUUAUGUCAGAGGAGGAGAUCGAAUACAUUCAACGUGGAGGUCCCGAGUAAGCGUGGAAGAUAGUUUGUUCGCCGCUGUUGAAGAACGAAGUAUUCUAUUCACAAUGAAAGUAUCUCCUUAAUGUUACAAAUGAUUAUAUAUAAAUAGCUUUAAUGAAUACCCCGUCCGAAGGGUGAGAAGGUUGCCACGUAAUGCACUAUUAAUGUGUGAGUGCGGGAGGCUUUCUUUUAAUGGCUCACCAGUGAAAAUACCGGAUGUUUGCACCAUUAAAAUAUUUUUCUAAUCAGCCAUGCUACCACCUUGGCAAUAAAGCUGUCUGGAGUCGCUUUCUUCUG